UUAGUUUCGUUUUAACUGAAGACGGAGUUUCUGACUGAAGAAGUUUUUUAUUCGACCAUCAGAAAAGGGAAAGUUUGCAGUACCUGCAGAACACAGCUGUUUUGAAGAAGAGUGGCAGGUCCAAUGGAGAACCGUCCUGAUUUGAGAGGUGGAGGAGAAGAACACAGCUGUGUAUCUAUGAAGAGUGGCCAUUCCAAGUGGAAACCUCCUGAUUUCAGUGGUGGAGGAGAAGAACACAGCUGUGUAUCUAUGAAGAGUGACUGGUCCAAGGGGAUACCUCCUGAUUUCAGUGGUGGAGGAGAAGAACACAGCUGUGUAUCUAUGAAGAGUAACCAUUCCAAGUGGAAACCUCCUGAUUUCAGUGGCGGAGGAAGAGAACACAGCUGUGUAUCUAUGAAGAGUGACCAUUCCAAGUGGAAACCUCCUGAUUUCAGUGGUGGAGGAAAAGAACACAGCUGUGUAUCUAUGAAGAGUGACUGGUCCAAGGGGAAACCUCCUGAUUUCAGUGGUGGAGCUGCACCCUCUAACUCAGAGCAGCGCUCAUCAGAAGUAGACCUAAACAUACACACUCAGCUGGGAGUUACUGGACCUGUGCAGCAGGAUCUUCACCAACCAGCACACAAUGAUCUGCUCAAAGUUAUAGACAAACAUAAAACCUGCAUGAAGAACAAGUACGAGACUUUAUUUGAGGGAAUUACAACAGUAGAGAAUAAAACCCUGCUGAACAGGAUUUACACACAGCUCUACAUCAUAGAGGGAGAGACUGAAGGGGUGAAUAAAGAACAUGAGGUGUUACAGAUGGAGAAAACCCCCAGGAGACACAUAGAAGAUACUCCAUCUUCUAUCAACUGCUCAGAUAUCUUUAAACCUUUACAAGAUGAUCUCAGACCCAAAAAAAGAAAAGUGGAUAAAGAGCUCAGAACUGUGCUGACUAAAGGCAUCGCUGGAAUUGGAAAAACUGUCUCUGUGCAGAAGUUCAUUCUGGACUGGGCUGAGGGAAAAGCCAAUCAAGAUGUAGAUUUCAUGUUUGUGCUUCCAUUCAGGGAGCUGAACUUGAUUGAAGACAAUCAAUACAGUCUUCAUGAAGUCCUGUGUGUCUUCCAUCCUCAACUUAAAGACCUGGAUCCAAAGAUAUUUGAGGAGCACAAAGUUGUGUUCAUAUUUGAUGGUCUGGAUGAAAGCAGAAUUGCAUUGGACUUCUCAAAUAGAAAGAAAUUAUGUAAGAAAUCUGAUAUAACCAUGACAUCAUCAAUUAGUGCGCUGAUGGCAAACCUCUUCAGUGGAGAGCUGCUUCCUUCUGCUCGAAUCUGGAUCACCUGCCGACCAGCAGCAGCCCAUAAGAUCCCUCCUGAACACAUCAGUCGUGUGACAGAAAUCCAGGGAUUUAAUGACCCACAGAAGGAGGAGUACUUCAGGAAGAGAAUCAGUGACCAAGACCAGGCCCAGAAAAUCAUCUCCCACAUUAAGACCACGAGGAGCCUCCACAUCAUGUGCCACAUCCCCGUCUUCUGCUGGAUCUCAUCCACUGUGCUUCAGGAAAUCAUGAAACAAGGUCACACAGAAAUCCCUAAAACUCUGACUGAAAUGUACUCCUACUUCCUGAUCACUCAGGUAAACAGGAAGGAGGAGAAGUAUGAGUGGAAAGACGAGACAGACCCAGAGAAACUGCUGGAAUCCAACAGAACCAAUCUUCUAAAACUGGCUGAACUGGCUUUCGAACAGCUGAUGAAGAAGAACGUGAUGUUUUAUAAAGAGGACCUGAGAGAGUGCGGCAUUGACGUCACUGAAGCCUCUGUGUAUUCUGGAGUUUUCACUGAGAUCUUUAGGGAGGAGUGUGUGAUUUACCAGAGGAAGGUCUACAGCUUCGUUCAUCUGAGCUUUCAGGAGUUCCUGGCUGCUGUUUAUCUGUUUCACUGCUACGAGAGACAGAACAUGAAGGUAUUGUGGCAGUUUGAAGAACUCUCCCGGAAAUACCUUUAUGACCCCUUUGAUGACCCCUAUUAUGAUAGCAGUGACAGUGAAAGUAUUAGUGGCAGCAUUAACAGUGAGAUGUGUUACGAUCACAGUGAGAGCUCUGUGGACAACCGCAACAGUGAGAAAAGUCACUGUAGAGAUCUAAACAAGCAUGUGAGUCUAAAUGAGGUGCUAAUAGGAGCUGUGUAUAAAGCUGUUAAGAGUCAGAAUGGACAUCUGGAUCUUUUUCUCCGUUUCCUGCUGGGUAUCUCACUGGAAUCCAAUCAGAGACUUCUGCAGGGUCUUCUGAAUCAAACACACACACUCUCAGAGGAAGUGACAGAGUUCAUCAAGCGUUUAAUCAAAAAAGAAAGUGAAAUCGGAUUUUCUUCUACUGAGAGAGCCAUCAAUCUGUUCCUCUGUCUGUCUGAAGUAAAUGAUCAGUCUCUCUCCAGAGAGAUCCAGGAGUAUCUACAAUCAGAGAACCAAUCAGAAAAGCGUCUCUCUCCUGGACAGUGUUCAGCACUAGUCUGCAUGCUUCUGACCUCUGAGGAGGUUCUGGAGGAGCUGGACCUGAAGAAAUACAACACAUCAGAGCGGGGUUAUGGGAGACUGAUCCCAGCUGUGACUGCCUGCAGAAGGGCUGUACUGGUUGGCUGUAAUAUCACCAGUUAUGUUUGUGAUGCCGUUUUCUCUGUUCUGGAAUCAGUCAACUCCUCUUUGAAAGAGCUGGACCUCAGUGAGAAUGAACUGCGGGAUUAUGGAGUGGAGCUGCUCUCUAAAGGACUGAAGAGUUCACACUGUAAACUGGAGAAACUCAGAUUAUCUUUUUGUAUGGUUACAGAGGAAGGUUGUUCUUAUCUGGCUUCAGCUCUGAAGUCAAACCCUUUCUAUCUGAGAGAAUUAGAUCUAAGCUACAAUCACCCAGGAGAGUCUGGAGUGAAGCUGCUCUCUGAACUGCAGGAGGAUCCACAGUGUAAACUGGAGACACUGAGGGUGGAUCAUGGAGGAGAGAUCAGGCUAAAACGAGGAAUAGUGAAAUAUGCUCGUGACCUCACUCUGGACCCAAACACAGCGAGCAGUGUCCUGUCUCUGUCUGAUGGGAACAGAGAGGUGAAGCGUGUGGAAGCGGAUCAGCGGUAUCCAGAUCAUCCGGACCGGUUUGAGUGUUGGGGUCAGGUUCUGAGUGCGGAGAGUCUGACUGGACGCUGUUACUGGGAGGUUAAGUGGAGUGGAAAGCAGAGGCCGGUUAUAGCCAUGUCAUACAGAGGGAUCAGGAGGAAAGGACACAGUGAAGACAGUCAGUUUGGACAAAAUAAUCAGUCCUGGAGUCUGGAGUACUUUAAUAACAGUUACUGUGUUUAUCACAAUAAAGAGAAGAUUUCUGAACUCUACCACCCAUACCGCACUGAGAGAGUAGGAGUUUAUGUGGACUGGAAGGCCGGUAUUCUGAAAUUCUUCAGCAGAUUUUCUGACACAGACGAACUGACCCCCUUACACACAGUCCAAACCACUUUCACUGAACCACUGUAUGCAGGGUUCAGGGUUUUUGAGUCAGUGUGUGUGUGUAAGUUAGAAUAGUCUCUACACAGGACCUGUGUUUCAUUAACCUGCAUGAGGCACUAGACUAACAAGCCCAAUCUUUAACUGAACCACAUCACAAAACUUAAAAGCUCUGCUGGAAGAUCUUUGUUACACGGAGCUGGAAGUUUGUCUUGUACACUUUCCUCAACAGUUGAUUGGUUGUCCACUCAGCAAUUAAUAAAUUCUCUAAAAACUGUCCUCUCUACCUUUAUCUAUCUUCUUUAGACCUACCUUUAUACCUAUCCGUUGUCUGUAAGCUUUACGUUAGCAUUAGCCUUAGCCCUUCGACUAUUCUGCUGAAACGUUACUCAUUCGCCCUGCUUUGAGGACUCCAAGACCUAAGAGUCUCUCCCUAAGGCACCUUAAAUUUCUACUUAAGUCACUUUUUUGAUCGAGCAUUUUUACUUUUACUCAAGUCGACUUUAGACAGCUCUGAUACACACACACACACACACACACACACGCAUAUGAACUAGAAGACUUCUGAGUGAAGUGCUGUAAACCUCUCCUCAGAUAGUCAGCGCAUGCCUGUUCUACACGGUGUGAAGUCGUACACAGGCCAGAAGAGCUUUCCUUCCACUCUUUUCUUCUCAUUCAGCUUCUCAGAGACACUUAAGGAUUGUUUAAUACACAAUGAUUGUUUACAGUGUUCAUGAAGGACACAGAGCUGAGGAACACCAUGAUAAGAACUUGUUGCUCAGACAGGCUGGAGCUGAUCACGUCUUCUGAGCUGGACAAUACUGAGAGAUUUCCUCCAACUGUAUUGGAUCCUGUUGAUUUAAGUGUCAUUUGCAUAAAGGUAUAACUGCUCGGAUGAAGUCUGUGUUGGGUUGGGGGAGGAGACCACCAAGGGUCCUCACCCCUCGACUGGCGUCUAUCUCUCUGUCUCUCUCUCAACACGGCAUAAUAGUGAAUUAAGAGAGGGAGGACACGACUAGGAAGAAAUCUAAGUGAAAUUACAUAAACAAAAAUAUAAAAGAGGUUAAUGAAACAUUACAGGUCAUAUUAGUGUUUAUUGCAACUAAUAAUUCCAUUCUAGUUUCUGUUAAGAAGCAUUUGGAGGAUCAGACAAAAAAACUGAAGAUGGAGAUUUUCUCAUGAUCUGCAGGAGUUCUUCACAUUAUCCAUCUUGUUUCUCCUCUGUUUGCAGCUACUUUAGACAUAUUCUUUAAAAGUAUACAUGUACAUCAUAAUCUAAUCUUAUAUGUUUAUAUGACAGUGAUGACAUGUUAUGAUUGUGACAGUAGAAUAGUAGACUGUCUGUCUGUCUGGUGUGCUCUGGAAUGUAGUUGAUUUUGUAGUUUCUGAUUUUAUAGCCUUUUAUAAAUAUUUGAUGGUGGUGAUGAAUAUGUAUUUGGGAUGCAUUUUGAGCAACCGCAAAAUAUUUGUACAUGUUGUUUAAAACUCACUGUUUGUAGUAGUUAAUAUAUAUUACAAUGUACUCUUUCAUGUGGUAAAGAUAUUAUUCAAUGCAA